AUGCCUAAACAUAGCUCGUCCAGGAAGCAACAAUCAAGACAUGAUGAAGGCGGCGAAAGCACGUGGAGUGAAUGGGUCUGGUCUCCAGAGCAUGGCAGAUACUACUGCUAUCGCAUAACGCGAAGUGGUGAGCACGAAUACCAAUGGGGCAACGCAGAGACGGAAUCGCACGAUGCGGCGACUCCACGCCAACAAGCGGACAUACCUGUAGACGAUAUCACGCAAGGAAUGGAGAACCUCGAGAUAUUAGGGCGUGCCGACAGUGAUUAUACCGAGGGUAAUUAUGGCGACGGUGGUUACGAUUACGCCUACGGGUCGCCAGCCGGGAAUAGUGGUGAAGCUACGCACAAAAAUUCAAAGAGCAUGCCUAGCCGCUCCAAAGGCAAAGCCGUCGACUAUGACAGCCUACAGGAUAGCGGCGGACCUGAGCCCGAACCCGAAGAAGCACCGCCCUUAGACCCCUUUUAUGGGGCAAAGACGGAAACAGAAGAACCGAAUGGUUACGAAGUAGAAAUACCAACGCAGAACCCAGAGCUUUUCCCCUCGGGCACAAGCCAAAGCGGUGACUAUCAUGGCUCCAGUCGUUAUGGAUCGAACCAGCCGAACGGAUAUGGUAAUGAAGACUUAAACGACGCAACUAAUGCGGCACCAAACUAUACGGCUGAGGAAACACCGGCCCAGGAUUAUGCGGAGUCGUCCAACGACAGUGCAUACGCGCCUUAUCCUUCCCACUCCGACGGAGACGCGGGCUCACUGACGCCAACUGUCACCGACGAUGAACAACCUCUCCACAUCAGUGGGACCGAUGGAGAUCACGAACAACUAGACCCGAGGUAUAAGAUCGAGCGGUCGACCAGAUUCGAGCCCGGAAUGGUGAGCUCGAAGAUGAGAUAUCUUUUCUUUCGCUAA